AUGUCCGCUGGAAUUCACCAUCCGGAAAGCUCCGUUAUGGAAACACCUCAGGCCGAUAGUCUCCAGCUACAGCACUACGGCGAUGCCCGCGACUCGCUCUCUCCGAGCCUCAACCGGGCUAGCGACACUCACCCGUUGCGCGAACAGAUAAAUUGGACGCGGCAACUGGUCGUAUCGCACGGCCACCAGAAGGGUUCUACCAUCGAGAGGACGCAGUAUGAAAGCCGGUUGGCGGGAGCCAGGAGAGAGCUGGAGAUACUGCACGAACGACUCGAGUUCGAGGCAGCGAAUGGGCGGAUGUGGAGGGAGAAAUAUUGGGCUCUUGAUGAGACGGUCAAGGAAGGGAAGAUCGCUGUCGCCCCCGCUAAUAAUGGCGUGGCCGCCAUGCACGACAACGGAGAGCAGCCCAACGAAGGCCAUUGGCGCGUGCAGUACCAGAAAGAAAAGGCUGAGCGGCUGAGGUGCGAAGCCAACUGUGACGCCCUCCAGAGAGAGGUAACGGACCUCAAAUUGGAAAACGCCCGCAUGCUUGCUGCCAGCCAGCCAGAGGCAGUUGCAGCAGCAGAGGCGACAUGGCGCCCAAAGCUGGAGACAAGGGAGAGAGAACUCGACAGGUCACGAUCAAAAAUCGAGGAUGGGAACCGUGAGCUGGCAUCGGAACGGGAGAUGCAUGAAAAAGCAAAGUACGAGUGGGCAUCCCAAGAAGGUCAAUUGAAGGAUGCGCUGGACAAGAAAGACGCCGCGAUCGGCGACCUGGAGCAAGAAGCCCGUAGACUCCAGGAAGAGCUCGAAGCUGUCCGAGACGACCGGGGCUUGAGUAAGAACUCUUUAGUUGCUAAAUACCGAAAGAAGAUGGAUCAGGCAAAUAGGCAAGCCAACGACCUCAAGUUCCAACUCCGAGAAAAGCAGCUUGCGGUGGAACUGCUGGAGAUGAGGCUCUUGGAAGAGGAGGACGCGAACCAGCUCUGGAAGUACAAGUACGUGGUUGAGCAUUAG